AUGCGCGUCAAGUUCAGGCACCCGCGGUCGAAGGAGAGGCGCGUCGAUCCCCCGCGCGCGUCGUCGCCGCCGUCGCCCCCGUCCGUGUACUGGCAAUGCACCGGUCAGGAAUCGUUCGCGGACGUCAAAGCCGCCGCGGACGCCAUCCUCAGCGCGCGAUGGCCGUUCGAGCCGUACGACACGGACGCGUUCCGACGCGACUCGGACGGCCACCUGUGGGACCGAAAGCGCGGCGUCGCGCGACGCGGACAGUCGUGGAAACCCGCGGCGUCGCUCCUCGACGCCGGGUACGGCGAGGGCGACGAGCUCGUGUGCAUGGCGCACUUGCACAAGUACUGGGUGAAGACGUGCAACUCGUUCUCGGAGAGCAGGGCGGCGAAGACGGCGAGCGUGCAGGCGGCGCGCGGGCAGGUGCUACGAGACGAGAUCAUCGCGCAGGCGGGGAGGCCGGUGUGCGAGCGGACGUUUAAGCGGCCGACGGGGACGACGGCGUCGUUCGACGAGAGGGAGAAGGUGGCCAAGGCGGUGAAGAAGGCGGCGAAGGCGAAGGCGAAGAAAUCGGCGAUCAAGGCGGCGAAGGCGGCGAAGGAAGGGCCCAGCGCGGGAGGAGCGCCGGCGGCAGCCGCGCCGAACGCGGGCGCCGCCGCGGCACCGCCGGCGAAGAAAUCGCCGGCGGCGGCGCCGGCGGCCAAGACGAAGACGACGCCGCUCGCGUCGACGAAAUCGUCGACGUCGAAGUCCCUCGGCGGCACCGCGGCGAGAGCCGCGUGA